CUAACGGGUUAAUCCUCUGCAUUGUGUAAAAAGGAUGUUUGAUCCUGUCUUCUCUGAUCCUCUCCUUCUACUGUCCCCAAUCAAUCCACUGAUAGAACAGAGCCUUGGGGGCAAGUUGUACAUACUCAGUUUUGUGUGUAUUGCUGUGAGUUUUGGGGGUUUUUUUUUGGACAGUGCUGUCCAGACAGAGGGACAAUCAGGGUAGAAUGAAAACUCCUCCUACAAGGAGCCUCCUAACCAAUGCUCUGCUGGACACUGACAGAAGUCACAAGACUGCUCUAACUGCUGAUGAGAAAAGGUGUUUAGCAGUUUAUAUUUACUAAAAAUAAUUUUCAUGCUCUGUGU